CCAUCUGGCCACAUUCUUGGGUGCCCGCGAGCUGGUCAAGCUGCUUCUCGAGCGGGGCGCCGAUCGGUCCAUCAAGAACUCGAAAGGAUUUGCCCCCGUCGACCUCGUUGACGACCCCGAGAUCAAGCGCAUCUACGAGUCCAAUUGAGCGGCCGGAAUACGAGAGUGUCUGGCUGAUGGCCCUGCGUCCCAGCAUCCGAAAUAAAGGCCUGCAUGCGACCGCACCAGACAGAUCUUUUCGAGACCAAAGGGCAGCUGCAUCGGCAGCGGUUGUGUUGGCUGUUGGCGCUGAUUGCGCCAGCACGCACUUGGCUUUGGCUUUGGCCUUUGGCGAUUGCACCUUUCUCCCCUCAUCGCACCCAGCACCAUCCCAUCCCAUCAUCGCCAUAACCGCAGCCGCAGCCACACCACACCGCAACCAAGCACCACCGCCAGCCAGCCAUGUCCGACCUGAAGCAGAGAAAGCCGGCCCCCGCGGCCGAUCCCGCCGUGUCGUCCAAGGGCAAGCAUGCCAGCGACCCCUCCGCCAAAAGCAAGGGCAUCCGCAAGACAUCCUGCCUUGCGGCCGUCGGCUGGGCCCUGGUCUACCUCGUCGGCGCCGUGGGCUUUGCUCUGUCCGUCUCCAAGGUCACCACCGGCACCUACACCUUUGGCCAGAAGCUGCCCAACGUCCACCACUUCCUUCCGGUACGGCCUGCCGCAUCCUGUCGUGGCGACCCACACGCAAAUUCACUCCCGAAGAGCUCGCCCAGUACGACGGCAGCGAUCCCGACAAGCCCGUCUAUAUCGCCAUCAGAGGCAAGGUCUUUGACGUCACGGCCGGCCAGCAGUAUUACGGCAAGGGCGGUGGCUAUUCGUUCUUUGCCGGCGUCGACGCCUCAAGAGCAUACGUCACCGGAUGCUUCAAGACGCAUCUUACGCAUGACGUCCGUGGACUCACCGAGGGCGAGAUUAAGUCGAUCGACGGAUGGGCCGAUUUCUACGAAACGCAUGAAAAGUACUUUUACGUCGGCGAAGUGAUCCACGAUCCGAUUCCCGAGGACGCACCGCUUCCAGAACCCUGCUGAGGCACGCCGGCUUGUUCGAACGGGGGCUUUGGGCCUGUUGUCAUCCACUGUAGUUGAUGAGGAGCGAGUGGCAGCACGGACAUGGCCCGGCAG